ACACUACCCUUUACUAACAAUGUGAGCUUAUAUGGAUGUAGCUGAUAAUCAGCUGAAUAAACCUGGAGUAAUCAAUUUGUUUAAGAGAUUUUUUCGGUUUGAAAGUUUGGUUAUUCAGUUAUUUUUUUGUCAUCGAGCCAAUAUACAUUGUAAUAAUUUGAUUGUUAAUUGUAACUUCAACAUUUCGACCAGCUUUAAGAAUAUGGGUUUUGGAGCAUUUGCAGGCAAUCACAAUAAAGAAAGUAAGAUACAUCCUGAAGUAGAUAUGUCCAAGUUGACUAUUUAUGGAAACAUAAUAUGUCCAUUCGUCAGGCGAGUUCUUCUUGUUUUGGCUCAAAAAAAUAUCCAAUACAAUUUCAUCGGAAUUGAUUUGUUCAAUAAACCUGAUUGGUUUCUUGAAAUGUUUCCAAAUGGUAAGGUUCCUGUCCUUAAAGACGGAGAUAAAGUGAUUCCAGAAUCUUUGAUUAUCGUGAACUAUCUUGAUGAUGUAUAUCCACCAUCAGUUCAUCCAUCUGAUCCUUAUGAAAAGGCAAAAGGGUCCUUAAUUGUUGAUGAAAUCGGCACUCCUCUGUUUACACCUUGUUUGUAUAAGUGCUUGAAAGACAAAAGUCUUUCUCUUGAGGAUAAACUUAAGGGAAUAAAUGAAAUGUUUAUAAAAAUUGAAUCAUUACUUGAAAAAAAGAAGACCAAAUACUUUCAGACUGAUGAUAAGCCUGUAUACUCGGACUAUAUGGUGUGGCCUUUUUUAGAAACUACCAUUUCAGUAUCUAGAUGGUUGAACCACCCAACAAUCAAUAGUGUCGAAUCUGUGAAAGCCCUGUAUCCAUCAGUCGGGAAAUACAUGCAACUCAUGUACGAAGAUCCAGCUGUUAAAAAAGUUUCUCCAGAUUAUGACACUUUCGAGACCUAUUACAACGGACUUGUUGGCAAAAACUAGAAAUCUUCGAUUUAACAACACUAACCAGCUGCUUAAACUAAGAUUCUUAUUUUAACUCAAAAGGCUAAAUUUUGUACUUUUUAAUCAUCGGGUAAAUGGAAUACCUGGAAUAACUAUUCUUAUAACAAAUUAUGUAUCAGAAUUUUAUUAAAAUUAGUUUACCUCAAUUA